AUGCGAACUAAAUUAUUGCAAAAUUCACACGAAUUUCACACCACAAACUUUAAACUCGUGCACACGAUUGGUGAGUGCAAACGAAAAGGCUCUUCCGAAUAUUUGUUGAAUGAUCCUAUGGGUUUAAAAAUUAGCAAAUUGAUGAAUUGGUUGUUAAUAUGUGAUUCGGGAAAUAAGAGAGUACAAAUAUAUGACAGAUUUAAUUUUGAAUACUUGUAUUCGAUUCGGAUGAAAACUCAACCUCAAUAUGUGGAAAUUGAAGAGUGGCAUGAUCAGUGUGGAUAUUAUGCAGAUGAGAAUUCAUUAUUACUAUACAUUACUUGUUCGAAUCAGGUUUUAAUCAAGAUGAAAGUUACUGUAGUGAUGGAAGAAAAUGAAAAGAAACUUCAUGUUGAGGAAUUGUGGAAUACUCGAGAAUUAUUGGAAAGAAAUGAACUAAGUGCAGAGUAUGGGCUAUUCUUUGAGAGAUUCAACCAAGAAUAUUUGAAUUCUGUCUUGUAUGUUUGUGAUUCAACCAAGAGAAGAAUUGUCAUGUUGAAUGCCCUUGAUGGAAGCAUUCUCAAUCAAUUAUUUCUGAAAAGAAAGGAGAAAUUCAGUUCAGCAGUCUCUAUUCUAAUCGAUUCUAAAAAGAAAUGGAUUUUAGUGAGCGAAAUGGCUGGUCAACGUGUGAAAAUUUUAGAUUACAAAACUAGACAAUUAUUACACUCACUUGGAAAGUAUGGAAAAGAGUUGGAUGAAUUUUCAUAUCCUAGAGGAAUAUUCUUGGAAGAGAAGAUGAAUAGAUUAUAUGUGUGUGAUGCUUCAAAUAAUAGAAUUUCGCUGAUUGACUUGGACAAGUUGGAAUUUGUGGAAUAUUUUGGAGGAAAGAAUUCGAAUAUGGAACAAGUUCAAUUGAAAACACCAACUUCAGUGGUGAUUGAUGAUUCGACUGGAACUCUUCUAGUUUCUGAUAACAAAUUAGAUCAAGUUUUCAUCUUUAGAUGA